AUGGGAAUGCAGGCGGAUGCGGCGGAGAUGACCGGGCCCCUCCUUGCCGGCGCGCCGGCGGCGGCGGAGGCGGUGCCGCCGUGGCGGGAGCAGCUGACGGUGCGGGGUGUAGUGGUGAGCGCCAUCCUGGGGGUGCUCUUCUGCCUCAUCACGCACAAGCUCAACCUCACGGUGGGGAUCAUUCCUUCGCUCAACGUCGCCGCGGGCCUGCUCGCCUACUUCCUCGUGCGGACCUGGACCGCGGCGCUGGGCAUGUUCGGCGUCGUCUCCAAGCCCUUCACCAAGCAGGAGAACACCGUCAUCCAGACCUGCGUCGUCGCCUGCUACGGCCUCGCCACCAGCGGAGGAUUCGGAUCGUACAUGCUUGCAAUGGAUCAAAAAAUUUAUGAGCUUAUCGGGACUGAUUAUCCUGGUAACAGGGCAGUGGAUGUCAAGAAUCCCUCGCUGAGUUGGAUGAUCGGGUUUAUGUUUGUAGUUAGCUUCAUUGGUAUUUUUAGUCUCGUUGCCCUGCGCAAGGUGAUGGUGAUAAACUAUAAGCUAACAUAUCCCAGAGGAACUGCCACCGCUAUGUUCAUAAACAGUGUCCACACUGCUACCGGAGAUGAGUUAGUAGAAAAACAAGUUAGUUGUCUCGGAAAGUACUUAAGCAUAAGUUUCCUGUGGAACUGCUUUAAAUGGUUCUUCAGUGGUGUCGGGGAUUCUUGUGGCUUCGACAACUUCCCUUCUCUGGGCCUUGCAGCAUUUAAGAACACGUUUUAUUUUGACUUCUGUCCAACCUAUAUUGGAUGUGGUCUUAUAUGUCCACAUAUAGUUAAUUGCUCUGCACUUCUUGGAGCCAUCAUAUCCUGGGGUUUUCUUUGGCCAUAUAUAUCGACAAAAGUGGGGGAGUGGUAUCCAGCUAACCUUGGAAGCAACGACUUCAAAGGACUCUAUGGGUACAAGGUUUUCAUAUCGGUAUCCUUGAUACUUGGUGAUGGUACUUUUAACCUCAUCAAAAUUAUUUAUGCUACUAUCAAGGAAAUAAUGAAUGCACGUUCAAAGCAAGGACGACUUCCCCUUGUUUGGGUUCAUGAUGGUAAUGCCAUUUUCUUAUUGUACCUAGUUGAUCUGCCAUCAUAUCAUACAUCAUGGAUCUCAUCUUGUUUACCUUUUAUAAAUGCAGAUGAUAAGAAUUCCAAAUUAUUAGUCGAAGAAAAGCUUCUAAAUGAGGUGUUUCUAAAGGACAGUAUCCCUCCCUGGUUGGCAGGAUCUGGUUAUGUGGGCCUUGCAGCAAUUUCAACUGCAACAGUGCCAAUGAUAUUCCCACAACUCAAGUGGUACCUUGUCCUCUUUGCCUAUGUUGUUGCUCCUCUACUUGCCUUCUGCAACUCAUACGGAACUGGACUAACAGAUUGGAACCUUGCAUCCACAUAUGGAAAGAUUGGCCUUUUCAUUUUUGCCUCAUGGGUUGGCCAACAUGGUGGUGUGAUCGCCGGCUUAGCAGCUUGUGGUGUUAUGAUGUCCAUCGUAUCCAUAGCUGGUGAUCUCAUGCAUGACUUCAAGACUGGGUACCUGACCCUCUCAUCGCCAAGGUCCAUGUUUGUGUCACAGUUGAUUGGCACUGCCCUUGGUUGUGUCAUUGCUCCUCUAACCUUUUGGCUUUAUUGGACAUCCUUCGAUAUUGGCAAUCCUGAUGGUAUGUUCAAAGCUCCAUAUGCCGUCAUCUUUCGUGAGAUGUCAAUCAUGGGUGUCGAAGGAUUCUCAGUGUUGCCGCGACAUUGCCUAGCAAUAUGCUCUUUCUUCUUCUUUGGAGCCAUAGCAAUCAAGCUCAUCCAGGAUGUCACCCCAAACAGUCUCUCCAAAUUCAUCCCGCUCCCGAUGGCCAUGGCCGUUUCAUUUUACAUUGGGGCAUACUUCGCAAUUGACAUGUUUAUCGGGACUGUCAUCUUGUUUGUAUGGGAGAGGGUGAACCGUAAGGAGGCAGAGGAGUUUGCGGGUGCGGUUGCUUCUGGUUUGAUCUGCGGUGAUGGUAUCUGGAGUGUCCCGUCUGCAAUAUUGUCCAUCAUGAGGAUUGACCCACCGAUGUGCAUGUACUUCAAGCCAUCUUUUACCUAUGGCUAA